AUGGUCAAGAGCACGGCGCCGCUCCAGAUCAGGCUCACCGAGCCGGUCAUCUACCUGCGCGGCACGUCGACUGGAGCAGACUUCCGAGGCCGGCCUCAGCAUGCACGUGACGACGGGCCAUCGGCAGUUGUGCGUGGCCUCCUAACACUUCGGCUUCAUAAGACGACGCGCAUCCGCAACAUCAACAUCUCACUUGAGGGCAUCGCGCGCACGGAAUGGCCAGAGGGUAUCGGAUCGCGCCGCACGGACACAUAUGAGGAGCACGAGCUGAUCAACGAGACGACGACGUUCUUCAACGGCGCAGAAGAGGCCAAAGCACAAACGGCACGGAGGAGCGCGUCGGUCGGACCUGGCGUGCUGGCGCAGCACGACCUCGAUUCGGACGACGAGGACGGGUUCGCUCAGCGCGAGGAGGACGAAUGGGAGACCCGUGGCAGGCCCCUACCGCGCUCGUUAAGUGUACUCCCAUCAGCUCCGUCGGACUGGCAGGAAUGGUACCGCGACGGUAUCUCGCGCGCCGGAAGCCCUGUCAACAGCGCAGCCCCGAGCCGCGUCCCCAGCGCUACGGACCUUGCGGGGCUAAUCAACGCGACCCGCAACCAGUCCGUCGAUGAACGUGGUCCAACCCCCGCAUACUCCGCGGCGGCCACGCCCCCGUCCAUGACCACGCCGCCAAUCUCGAGCCACCCGUCCUCAAUCCUUCUUCCGGGCGGGAGCCGCGGGCGCUCGCCCAUGCCGGACAGCGCCAUCUCACGCCGAGAGAGUGAGCAGGACGAUCCCAACUGGGACACAACGCCGUUCGGGGAAUCACCAGAGGGCCUGCUCCCCCCCGGAUCGCCAGCGCCAAACGUUAGAUUUAACGAAGGCGCCGCUGAUAGGGCGCUGGCUGCGGCUGCCGCGGGUAGGCCGCAGGAGGACGAUAACCGGCUGCGUCGCGUGGCUUCGGGCCGCUCCGAAGGCGAAGAAGAAGACGAGUAUCACCCUGUGCGCGAUGCGACUUUCGCUAUCCCGACUGCACACAACACGCCGCAUCAAUCGCCCUCGCUUGUCGCAUUCAAUGCGUCAUCUGCGUCCCGACCGCCGUCUCUACAGCUCGACCGGACUGUGUCGAACCAUGUGCCUGAUUUCACGCUGCCUCCUCCACAGCGUCAACAGAGCUCUCUGCGGACGGUGCUCGACGGCGAUCCGAGCGAGCUCAGCCGGCGCACCUCACGGCGGCAGAGGCCGUCGUCGGUUGCGAUUGACGACGCGAGCAGCUCCCUCACGAGCCCUUCCCUUCCUGAGGAGCGCGAGCGGCCCCACCACCACCACCACCGCUUCAGUUUAGCUGCGGCCUUACGCGGACUGAGUGGCAGGAGCAGGUCGCGCACCCAGGCAAGCAGUCGGCCCGGUUCUCGAGCGAGCAGCCGCACGCGUGGAGUCGAGACACCACGGACGCCGUACUUUGAAGAUUCGAUGUCGCGGAACGCAGGCCAGUCGAACCUCGCCACGAUGCGGCACGGAGCGCGAAGCCGUGGGCCCAGCCCUUCAGGCAAGGGCGACGGGUCUGAAAGCCGAGGACGGACAAGACACAGGUUCUUUGGCAAGGAGGAGCCUGAGGACGAGGGUUCGAUCCGCAACUGGAAAGAGUUCCGGAAGGGCGUGUACAACUACCCGAUCUCGUUCACGAUCCCUCCCGACGCACCGCCAACCCUGCACGCCGAGUUUGGGAGUGUCAAGUACCGCCUCAAGGCGACGGUAGUUAGAGUGGGCGCGCUCACAUCGAAUUUGGUCGAGGACCUCGAAGUGACGAUGAUCGCGGGGCCGCAGGAGGACGACAUGGAGGAGACGGAGAACGUGAUUGUCGAGAGACAGUGGGAGGACCAGAUGCGCUACCAGAUCGCGUUAAGUGGCAAGGCUUUCCCGAUUGGCAGCACGAUCCCUAUCAGUAUCCGGCUGAUGCCGCUGGCCAAGUGUAAGAUCUACCGGAUCACGAUUGCACUCGAGGAGAAGACGGACUACUUUGCGGCUAACAAGAAGGUUGCGCGACACGAGACGCCGCGGCGGUUCAUCCUCUUCGCAGCCCGAAGCCCAAAGGACAAGACGGACCCUCUGCUUCCCAUCCUCUCCGAGUCGACUUCAGCGGUAAAGGACAGCUCUCUCGCUCCAUUGGCGCGACAGGCAGCAUUGAACAAUCCGCGAGAGUUUAGCGAACUCAUGCACCCCGAAGACGACGUGUACGCUUCUCUGCUAGAUCCAAUGGGGCCGUGGCAUCUAGAAAAGGACUUGGCGGUGCCCGACUGCUCGACGCGUAUCAAGUUUACAACCAAGCACGAGAGCACGAUGAUGAGCGUCCAGCACUGGCUCAAGGUUACGAUCCGCGUCGAACGUGGUGACGACAACGCGGUUGAUUCCAAGGGCCGCAGAAAGCAGUUUGACAUUAUCAUCGAGACGCCCAUAAAGAUGCUCGAGUGCCGCGUGAACACGCAGUACAACUCUCUGCCAUCUUACGACCGGGUUGACAUUGAUCCGUCUCCAUUGGGUAAGGGAUGCUCGAUUCACGGACGCGCGGCCGAGCACCACAGGAACCCCGGAAGCGCGUUGAUCGGCGUCGGGACGAGUGUGCUCAACUCGCUCACCCACCCGUCGCAGCUGUACAACCACGACCGCGACCGCGGUUCGCAGCCUGGCACACCCGGUACGCCGGGCAACCUCACACCGCACCCGUAUACCGCUCCUCACUCUGGCACCCAUACCCCCAUCUUGGCUGGCGCAAUUACCCCCCCGCAACCGCCGCAUGGAUCACACGCGCCAGGACAAGCAGAACACGACGAUACAUUGCUCGAGCGGAAUAUCGUUUACGAUCGCCUGAUCAGCGGACAGGAAGCCGAGACUGGCGAGCAACCCCCAACGUACAAGGAGGCUGUUGCGAAUGCUAUCCGCUCGGCCCGCUCGGCCAGCCGCGUUGGUAGUAGGGCACCGAGCCUGUCGCGCGUGGGGAGCCGGACGGCAAGUCAGGCCAUUAGCCGCCGCUCGAGCCCGACGCCCAUGUACAUCGAGGAAUAG